CAGAUCCUCAGACUCUCAUGGCCAAAGUGCUCCUUAACAUCAGAGCUGCAGAAGAAACAGAUACUCUAGACACCAUUUUACCAAACCAUGGUGAAACCUUCCUCUCUUCCACUGGCAUGUAUCAGUUCUAGGGAGACUCCAGAUCAGUCCAGUUUGGCCUACAACACUGUGCUUCUGUUUUUUCGACCAUAGUUACAACAUUUCAGUUGUCAUCUUCAGAGCAGGAAAAAUCUGAAAACAAUGAUUAGGAAUCCAGAUUUUGACACCUUUGUUUGCUGUGCUGUGUGUUCAAAACUAAUUCCACCGCCUCCUUCAACAGAGGCCUAUGAUCGGAUUAGGGAAUAUAAGCCUUUCAAAACUCGGUAUUAUGCUCACAGAGAUAUAUUGGAGAUUGGAGCAGACCUUAAGCAAGAAGAAGCAGAGCGAAGAGAAAUAGAAAUACAAAAACGAAUUGAAAAAGUACAAACUAGACUAUGGCUCCAGGCUGAGACAGAAAAAGAGGAUGCAGUGGAAGAUGCUCUCAAUCGUGCUGAUGCAAUACACAAGAAAGAUUUAGAAGAUCUUAAAAAGAAAGAUGAACAAAAAUUACAGGAGGCUGUGAUGAAUACCAAGACAGAAAUGCUGAAGCACCUGGAAGUGGAGCUGAAGAGAGAAUCGGAAGCAGCCGAACAGCGGAUGACUCACAAAUUUCAACGAAUCAUUCAGGAGAUCUCUCUGGAGAAGGAGACAGCUAUAGCUGAAGCUAGAAAGGAGGAGAAAAACAAAGUAGUUGCAUUCCUUUCCCAACAAAAAAAGAAGCAUUUGGAGCAACUUCACCAAGCUGGGGUGAUUGCUAAUGAAAUUUAUCAGAGGAAUUUGCAGCGGCUAGUUUGGGAGAAAAAACAUGAAAUGGAACUUGCCUUAAACGUCUCUCAAAAAGAGUAUCAGGAGGAAACAGAAAAACUGCUCAAAAAAGCAGACAGCCUCCGUGAGGCUCAACUUGAAGCAGUGGUAAUUAGUGUGGGCAAAAAAGAGAGUGAGCUCCUUUCUCUUAGCCAGCAACUGGAAGACAUGACGGCCUGGAAAGACAGCCUGGAAGCAGAAAUAUUAGAAACAAGAGAAGCGUUUCAGAAAUACAUUAACCUCACAUUUCCCCAACUUGCCCCGGGCCAAGCGGAUUUUAUCUUACCAUUCAGAAAAGUAUCUGCAUUCACAGAUUCUGGCCAAGAAGAGGAAACUCAGUGACAAUCAGGAUGAGGGCUCUCUAAGGAUUCAUCUGUUUGCGGCAAACAUCCAGAACAUCUAGCUAUAAGAGAGCAUGUCGUCAGUGCUGGAAAAAUAAAUAAAACCCAUUUUCCUUCACUGCAAUAUAAAUGUGUGGCGAUAAAU